AUGGAGGGCCGGAACAGCGCCGUUGCCGCCAGCGUGUGCAGGGCCCUUUUCAUCGAGUCCUGCAUUUACUUCGACCGCAAGAGGCAGAGUGACCCCAACUUCAAGAACAGGCUGCGAGAACAAAGAAAGAAACAGAAGCUUUCCAAGGAGAGAGCUGCACUUUCCAAGUUACCUGACCUUAAAGAUGCUGAAGCCGUUCAGAAAUUCUUCCUCAAAGAAAUACAGCUUGGUAAAGAGUUACUAGCUCAAGGUGAAUAUGAGAAGGGUGUGGACCAUUUGACAAACGCAAUUGCUGUGUGUGGACAGCCACAGCAGUUACUGCAAGUGUUGCAGCAAACUCUUCCACCACCAGUGUUCCAGAUGCUUCUGACUAAGCUCCCAAUGAUUAGAGAAUUGUAA